AUGCGACAACUUCAUGGUGAUGCCAAAGACAAGUUCAUGGCGACAUUAGUCGAAGGGAGAAGGAAGAUCCUACUGUUCAAUUCCGCACGGCAAUGCCUUACAGCUUGGAACCAGCUGGCAUAUGAGAAUCACUUGGAGACUGUGAGGCAAAAGCAAGAAGAACAACACAAAGAGGAAUUCAACAAGUUCAAAUACAAAGCAGACAGGUACAUGUUGGUGACCAGAGACCGAAUGGCUAUGCAGCUUAUUAGCCAUGACACAGACCAAGUGCUGGCCGCGGUCGUUGGAUCGUGGAAGACUGCAACUCAGGAAGGAAAGUUUCUUCGGCAACAGGCUGCAGAGAAAUACAAAAUGCAGCAGGAAUUCAACAAGUUCCAAUCAAAAGCAGACAGAAACAUGUUGGUGACCAGAGAACGAAUGGCUAUGCAGCUUAUUGGCCCCUUCGAAAGCCAAGAAGAUUCCAUUUUAUUUUUUUGA